AUGAGUAAGAUUAUCUUUUAUGAGGAGAGAAACUUCCAGGGUCGCUCCUUUAAGUGUGACACAGACUGCCCAGACAUGAACCCUCAUUUCAUCCGUUGCAACUCUGUCAGGGUGGAGAGCGGCUGCUGGGUCUUGUAUGAAAGGCCCAACUACUCUGGAUACCAGUAUGUCCUAACCAGAGGGGAAUAUCCUGAGUAUCACUCCUGGAUGGGCUACAAUGACACUAUUCGCUCAUGCCGUACAAUUUCCUCUGUGAGUGAUAUGCCUGUAAAUGAAGGAUCUCACCGAAUCCGUAUAUAUGAUCGGCCAGAUUUCCAAGGUCAGAUGAUGGAAUUCAAUGAUGACUGCGAAUCCAUUCAUGAAAGUUUCCAGUGCCGCAGCAUUCACUCUUGCAAUGUCAUGGAGGGCUACUGGACCUUCUAUGAGCACCCUGGAUUUCUAGGCCGUCAGUAUUUCAUGGCUCCUGGAGAGUAUCGCAAGUUCGUAGACUGGGGUGCCACAUGUGCCACAAUCGGCUCCUUCCACAGAAUCACUGAUUUUUAA